AUGAAGUUUUACGACGCUGCUCUCGCGGCCCUUCUGGCCGCACCUGCUGCACAAGCUCUUGAUGUCGACUGGACCAGCACAGAUGCCAUCAAGCAAGCAAUGAAGCCCAUCGCCAAGGGCAUGACUGAUUGGUACCACGGAUACCGGGUGGGAGACGUGCCUGGCAACUUGCCCGAUCCUUACCACUGGUGGCAGUGCGGCGCCAUGUUCGGCUCCCUCAUCGACUACUGGCACUACACGGGCGACGACCAAUACAACGACUGGGUCCAGCAGGGAAUGAUCCACCAGAUGGGCGACAACGCCGACUACAUGCCCGCCAACCAGUCCAAAUCAUUAGGAAACGACGACCAAGGCUUCUGGGGAAUGGCCGCCAUGUCAGCCGCCGAAAGCAAGUUCCCCGACCCGCCCGAAGGCCAGCCCGGCUGGCUCGCCCUGGCCCAGGCCGUCUACACGACCCAGUCCCUGCGCUGGGACCAGUCGACGUGCGGCGGCGGCUUGAGAUGGCAGAUUUACAGCUUCAACGCCGGCUACACGUACAAGAACACCAUCACCCAGGGCUGCUUCUUCAACAUCGCCUCGCGCCUGGCCAGGUACACGGGCAACUCGACCUAUGCCGACAGCGCCGAGAAGGCCUGGACCUGGAUCUACAACCUCGGCCUGAUCAACUCGGAAUACCACUUCUACGACGGCUCCGACUCCACCAUCAACUGCACCAAAUUCGACCGCACCCAAUGGACCUACAACGCCGGCAUCUUCCUCCACGGAGCCGCCACAAUGUGGAACGUCACGGCCGAAGAAACAGGCGACACGGAAAACGUCUGGAAAGAGCGCGUCACGGGCAUCGUCGCCGGCCUCUCCGUCUUCUUCGCGUCCGACACCAAAAUCAUGGUCGAAACCGCCUGCGAAACCGGCGGCACCUGCAACAUCGACCAACGCACCUUCAAAGCCUACCUCGCGCGCUGGAUGGCCGCCGCCAUCAAAGUCGCCCCCUGGUCCGCCGACCUGAUGGGCCCUUACCUCGAGCCCUCGCGCGAGGCGGCGGCGCUCGCGUGCGCCGACAAGGGCGACGGCACCGCCGAGUGCAGCCUGCGCUGGACCCAGGGCGGCUUCGACGCCGCCUCCAGCACCGGCCUCGGCGAGAACAUGGCCGCCCUCGAGAUGAUCGGCACCGCCCUCGUCGACGUCAUCCCCGGCCCCGUGACGAAUAGUACUGGUGGCACCAGCGAGGGCGAUCCCGACGCCGGGUUGGCGAGCCCGUUCACGCCGACCGAGGACGUGGAUCCCGUGGGCACGGCCGAUCGGAUCGGUGCGGCGAUACUGACUUUCGUGGUCAUGGGGAGUAUGCUGGCGGGCGCGUAUUGGAUGUUGAUGUCCGAGUUAUGA